GACUGUGCCCUUGCUGCUGGCAGAUGGAAUUCCAUCCUCGGCGGGGCAGCGGGGGCUGUUUUCGGGCUGCAGCGGUGCCGUGCCAUGGAGUGACAGGCGGCGAGUGCGGGCUGUUUAUUCCCGAUCAUCGCGACCACGCUGCUGGGGGGCAGAGAGGGAGCUCGGGCCCCCAAAGUCUCCUGAAAAGGGAUGGAAGGAAAAACCAAUAAAAUGAAUAAUAAUGUUAAAAAACCCUCUACAAACGGAAUAAACAAACAAAAAAAGGCAUGAUUAAAAAACCCCCAAACGAACAUGUUUUUCAGCCACGGAAGCCUGGCUGUGCUCCUGCUGGAGUGGGAAUUCCGUGUGCGUGUCCCCCGGCACCUCUUUCCCUGCCCCGGCGGCUGCUGCCACGCGUUAUUUCGGGCCACCCUUCACUGCCGGCGUGCAGAGGCACUGCUGCCUCUGCCUGCUGCAGGUGAAGUGCUUCCUCUUGUGGAAGCCAAAGUUUGGGGCUGGAGCGGGAUAGUUCUCAGAAAAGAAUGCUUUGGGAAUGUUUCUGGAGCUUCCCAGGAGCAACGGGCUUGGAAAAAACAAACCUGAACACCCCACUGUGUCCGGGGAGCAGCACAGCCACCUUGCGGAAGAGAUGCGAGCAAAUGGAUUUACUCCUGGCUCACGGCUUCUUUUUGUUACUUUUUUAUUAUUUUUUUUUUCUUCCCCCCCACAUUUCUCUUUUAAUUUCUUAGAAACUCUGGGCCUGCUUCAUUGCCUUGUUUCUAACUCUGUCUGUGGAGCAGAAGUCAGGCUGAACAGAUUUAAAACCUUCUAGGGAACAAGAGGAAACCCUGAAAAGAAUAGUCUUAAACUAGAAAAAGCUGUGUCAGUCAAUGUAGGAAAUGACUGUCAGUGUCUCAUGUAUUCUGUGUGAUCAGGGCUGACUGUCCAGAAAUGACAGGCUGGGAAAUACAGCCCCGUGUUUUCAUCAAGUUCCCAGGACUUUACAUUUUAAUGUUGCUCUGCAUCAGAAUAUGCUUUCUCUGUUUUGCUUUUCGUUAUUUUAUUAUUAUUAUUUAUUUAUUUUUAGCUGGAGAUUAGAUGGACAGGUUUUAAACAGAACAACAUGUUUUUGGCAGAAAGGACAUCAUAACAACCCAGGGAACUCUUAAAAAAAAAGUUGGAGACGGUCGUGCUGCUGAACAGCUGCUGUAUUUCACUCCAGAAGUGCCGCUUCCAGUGGCUCAGGCACUGCGGUCUCGCUAUGGGUGCUUACGUUUCUAACAUGUUUUUUACAUUCCUAGAGGUGAAAGUGUGUUAUGGAAACAGCAUCAUUAAUUUUCAUAGCCUUCACAGCGCCGGCUUUUUUUGGUUUUGUUUUCUAAUCUGUUUUUGGCUGUGUCUUCAGGCAAAGUAACGAUAAAAACCUUUUAGUUGUUAGCCUGGCCUUUAGGAGAAAAAUAUAGCCAGGGCCCAAUCCUGCAUUCCAGGCAUUCUCCAAAAUCUUCUUGGCUGUUCUGCAAGCUUUGAGAGUGCACAGAAAGCAGAACUGGCCCGUAAUGUGCCUGAAUCUAUUUGGCUCUGAGAGUCCCCUCUUAAAAAGCCUCUGGUUACAUCGAAUGACAUUGUUCCUUGUCAAAAGAGAUGGGAAACAAGGCUGCUGGCUGUUUUCUGCUGAGGUAACUGGCCCGCUGCAGUUGCUAGGGGUUCAUUGUUGUUUUCUUUUCCCCCUUGUUUAAGUCCUUAUUCAAAUUACAGUUUAGUUCUAUUCCCAGGGAAAAAUAUGGAUAUUUUGAUAUGUGGCUUCGCGGCUCUUGCAGACAUUUUAAAAAACCUUGAACAUUUUAAUUUAUUUUUUUUUUUUGAAAAGAAGUUCAUCAACUGCUUUUGGUGCACGCCAGCUUUUCUUAGAAAAGCACAUGUUGCAGUCCAGAUUUCCCUCACAGCCCCAUUCUUCAGAAGUUUAAGCUGGAAUGAUACAGACACUGGAGGGAGGAUCAGAAACCAUCUGAGGGCAAGUCUUCCUUUCUGCCCUGUGUUUCUCAAGACAGUCACCAGGUUUUGGUGCAAGAUAGAAACAGUCAUCUUGGGCUCUCACCUGAACUUUGUCUGCCUGGUAUAUGCUGUUGGGAUAUCCUUAAGAGAUCAUUCAGGAAUGGUGGAUCACUUGCUGCCUACUGAUGAAUCCUUUUCAUCCACAAGAUCUUCUCUUGGAUACUUUGGGGACAUGACAGCAGGCGUGAGGUCCUACCAAAUGCUGCCCUCUCCCCUGUCAGAAGAUGACAGUGACUCGUCCAGCUUUUGUUCUUGUUCCAGUCCUGACUCCCAGGUCCUCAGCUCCAGCUAUGGAAGCACAUCCAGUGCAGAAAGUCAGGACAGUAUCUUAGACUAUUUAUUGUCCCAGGCCUCUUUGGGGAGCACCACUGCGUCAUGGUGGGACAAAAGGAGACUUCAGCCAAUAGUAAAAGAGGAGUACUUUAGGUUGCCUGAAUUUAACGUGGAUACGGAAGACUCAGGACCAUUUCAGCCCACACUUGAGGAAAUUGAGGAAUUUUUGGAGGAGAACAUGGACUUGGAGCUCAAAGAAAGACCUAAAAGUGAGACCAAGGACUUGAGAGCUUGCAGCCAGGUCUCUGUUGCUUCGCUGCAGCAAAAAGACCACAUGUUACCCAGUACUAGUUUAAAAGACAGUAAAAAUGAACAGUUGACCAGCUCAACGGAAGGUGGCCAAGCUUCAAAUGGAGGAAUGACCCUGGAGAAUGGAAUACCAGUUAUGCUCCAAAUUCAGCCUGUACAGAUCAAACAGGAGUCCAACACAAGCCCCAGUUCCCAAGGACCAGCACAGGAGAACAUUAAAAUUGCACAGCUCUUAGUCAACAUCCAAGGACAGACAUUUGCCCUUGUGCCUCAGAUAGUUCAGUCUUCUAAUUUGAACUUGUCCUCUAAGUUUGUCCGCAUUGCUCCCGUCCCCAUCGCCGCCAAGCCGAUUGGGCCAGGAGGCAUGAUCCAGGGGCAGACGGGAAUCAUCAUGGGUCAGAAAUUUCAAAAGAACCCUGCAGCUGAACUCAUUAAAAUGCAUAAAUGUUCUUUUCCUGGUUGCACCAAGAUGUACACGAAAAGCAGCCAUUUGAAAGCCCACCUGAGGAGACACACAGGAGAAAAGCCCUUUGCAUGCACGUGGCCGGGUUGUGGAUGGAGGUUCUCCAGGUCAGAUGAGCUGUCCCGGCACAGGCGCUCCCACUCGGGGGUGAAACCCUACCAGUGUCCAGUCUGUGAGAAGAAGUUUGCUCGAAGUGACCACUUGUCCAAACAUGUCAAGGUGCACCGGUUCCCACGAAGCAACCGCUCCGUCCGCUCCAUGAACUGAUGGGUCCUGCUUUCCCCUUCCUGCCCAGCCAUCCUACAGCAGCUGAUGACAGCACUUUGCUCACUAUAUUUCUAGUGAUAAUUUAUUUGUCUCCACAGAACAGUCAAUGCUGUUACUUAAUACCACCAUGUUUGAGUGCCCCACGUCCUUCAAAGGAUUUGAGAAUGAAGCUCUUUUUGGGUCAGGGGAGCGGGGUGCUUCUUCCUUCUUUUUUUUUUUUUUUUUUUUCUUUUGAGGAUAUUAUUUUCCUUUCCUUCUAUAUGUCUCUCCUUUGCUGCUGCUUCUUUUGGAAAUUACAGUGUUUUAUUUUUAGCUGUUUUUUGCUGCACAGGAAAAUGUAAAAGUUGCUUGCUGCUAGUUAAUUAUAGCCCUGGCAUUCCUGAGGGCUUUGCUCAUGUACAGGCCACUCAUUGUGAGUUUUUAUUAAGCUGCUCUAUUUGUCCAGUUUGGAAACAGCAAAUUCCUUUUGAAAUGAAAACAACUCCUUUGUUUUUGGGUCGCCUGAGCCAAGGAUUUGUAGGGGCUGGCCAUAGGAGGAAGAACAGUGGGAGUCGGGGAUAGGGGCAGACAAGGCUUGGAGAGCACUGGAAUGUGCCUCCAUGUAUCUCUGGAUUUUCCUGGCUCACAUUUACCUUUCCCUUGGCUAGGGCUAUAUAUAAAUAUUUAUGUAUACAUAUACAUACAUACAUACAUAUAUAUAUAUAUUUAAAGAAAGACAUGUCCCAAGCAAACCCAGAAGCUCAGGCUGCAUGGAACGACUUGGAGUGAAGCCUCUGGAACUCUGUGUGUGUUUCUGUCCUGUGCUGCCGAGGGGUGAAAGGAUGCCCAGGUGCCAAAGGAUGCUGCUUUCCUUUGAGGCUGGUUUGCAGCAUCCACUGUCUAUAGCAGAAGAGCUGUUGUCUGCCCACAAAACAGCACAAAGAUGUUUGUGAGAGCAUCUGAGCUCUGUUCCUGGCUCUGCUCCUGCCCUCCUGUGUGAUCUGGGGGGAGAAAGCAGAGCCCCAGCCCCAGGGUGCGUGGUGAGCACUGGGCAUCCCCAACAUGCAGUGUGAGUCAAGGCCUGGCUGGCUGGAGCUGUGUGUGUUUGCUGGCAGGGUCUGUAGGAUGUGCCUGUGCCCAGGGAGGGUGGGAGGAGCUGUGAGCUGGUGGGACAGCGCUGUGAAACCCAGGUCUGGGGGUGAUCCUCAGUGCUAAUCCUCUCCCUCCCGACAGCCAUGUCAGAGCUCCAUGCAGCUGGGGUGGGCAAAUGGGUGAGAACAGUAGCCAAAAGAAACAAAUUUGUGUGGUAGCUGGCUAAGAAGGGAAUUCAAACAAAUAAUCAGAUGGCAGCAGGCAAGUGAUUUUAUUUGUGUUUCUUCUUGUUUUGUUUUUCCUUUUGAACUCUGGCGAUUGUAAGAAGCUUUAGAAGAAAAUAGAAUUCAGUAAUUAGGAAUGAUUUUAUAAUGGAUGUUGCAUUUCCUUUCCAUUCGCAGACAGCCUCUGUUUGUCCUUUCUGUUGGCAAAAUGGGAAGUAGGAAAGUGUGAUCCCAGAGCUAGGCAGAGCAGAAGCCCACGCUGUGUGAGAGCAGCAGGUCUGGCUAAAGUGAAUGCAUUCCUUUUGUCCUCUAGAAAUUAAUAUAAUUGAACUAUCAUCUAUUGACUGGUUUAUAUCACAUCCUAUGAAUGUAUGUAAAUAAAACUGUACAUAGAUGCAUAUCUAUAUAAAAUAUCUUUUAAUAACGUAUCAAAUUUGUGUAAAUUGGAAACAAAAAUACCUAUAAAGCCAGUGUACAUAAGUUACAAUUCUGUAUAUUUUCUUUUGUUCUUCAUAAAAAUAUAUUUACUUUGACAAUAAAAUGAAAAUGGAAAUUUUAAA